CCAAUGCGCAUGCGUGGACGAGGUCACGUGACCCAAGAGUAUAUAAAAGCCAUUGUCGAAAAUUUGGAGUUAGUUCCCAGCGAGUGAUAUUGUGAUCAGUUACUAUUGCGCUACUAUAACCGCAUCAAGAUGCAGAUCUUUGUGAAAACUCUCACAGGCAAGACCAUCACACUUGAGGUUGAGCCCUCAGAUACCAUUGAAAAUGUAAAGGCCAAGAUCCAGGACAAGGAGGGCAUUCCCCCAGAUCAGCAGAGGUUGAUCUUCGCAGGCAAGCAGCUUGAGGACGGACGCACUUUGUCCGACUACAACAUCCAGAAGGAGUCUACUCUCCACUUGGUACUCAGACUGCGAGGUGGUAUGCAGAUCUUCGUCAAAACCCUCACAGGCAAGACCAUCACUCUGGAGGGUGAACCUUCAGACACCAUUGAGAACGUAAAAGCCAAAAUCCAGGACAAAGAAGGUAUUCCCCCAGAUAAACAGCGACUUAUUUUUGCUGGUAAACAACUAGAAGAUGGUCGCACCCUGUCCGAUUACAACAUCCAGAAGGAAUCCACCCUCCACCUUGUCCUCAGACUGCGAGGAGGUAUGCAGAUCUUCGUCAAAACACUUACAGGCAAGACCAUCACACUGGAGGUCGAACCCUCUGACACAAUUGAAAAUGUAAAGGCCAAGAUCCAAGACAAGGAAGGUAUUCCUCCAGAUCAACAGCGUCUUAUCUUUGCCGGUAAGCAGUUGGAGGAUGGUCGCACUCUUUCAGACUACAACAUCCAGAAGGAAUCCACCCUCCACCUUGUCCUCAGACUGCGAGGAGGUAUGCAGAUCUUUGUGAAAACCCUUACAGGUAAGACCAUCACUUUAGAAGUUGAACCUUCAGACACCAUUGAGAACGUAAAAGCCAAAAUCCAGGACAAAGAAGGUAUUCCCCCAGAUCAACAGCGUCUUAUUUUUGCUGGCAAGCAGCUAGAAGAUGGUCGCACCCUGUCCGAUUACAACAUCCAGAAGGAAUCUACCCUUCACCUUGUCCUCAGACUGCGAGGAGGUAUGCAGAUCUUUGUGAAAACCCUUACAGGUAAGACCAUCACUUUAGAAGUUGAACCUUCAGACACCAUUGAGAACGUAAAAGCCAAAAUCCAGGACAAAGAAGGUAUUCCCCCAGAUCAACAGCGUCUUAUUUUUGCUGGUAAACAACUAGAAGAUGGUCGCACCCUGUCCGAUUACAACAUCCAGAAGGAAUCUACCCUUCACUUGGUUCUCAGACUUCGAGGUGGUAUGCAGAUCUUCGUUAAGACCCUCACAGGCAAGACCAUCACCCUGGAGGUUGAACCCUCUGACACCAUUGAGAAUGUGAAAGCCAAAAUUCAGGAUAAGGAAGGUAUUCCCCCAGAUCAACAGCGUCUUAUUUUUGCUGGUAAACAACUAGAAGAUGGUCGCACCCUGUCCGAUUACAACAUCCAGAAGGAGUCUACCCUUCACUUGGUUCUCAGACUUCGAGGUGGUAUGCAGAUCUUCGUUAAGACCCUCACAGGCAAGACCAUCACCCUGGAGGUUGAACCUUCUGAUACCAUUGAAAAUGUAAAGGCCAAGAUCCAGGACAAGGAAGGCAUUCCCCCAGACCAACAGCGUCUCAUCUUUGCUGGUAAGCAGCUGGAAGAUGGCCGCACCCUCUCUGACUACAACAUCCAGAAGGAAUCCACCCUUCAUUUGGUUCUCAGACUUCGAGGUGGAAUGCAGAUCUUCGUCAAAACCCUCACAGGCAAGACCAUCACUCUGGAGGUUGAACCUUCAGACACCAUUGAAAAUGUAAAGGCCAAGAUCCAGGACAAGGAAGGCAUUCCCCCAGACCAACAGCGUCUUAUUUUCGCUGGAAAGCAACUAGAAGAUGGCCGCACUCUCUCUGAUUACAACAUCCAGAAGGAAUCCACCCUUCACUUGGUUCUCAGACUUCGAGGUGGUAUGCAGAUCUUCGUCAAAACCCUCACAGGCAAGACCAUCACUCUGGAGGUCGAGCCCUCAGACACCAUUGAGAAUGUGAAGGCCAAGAUCCAAGACAAGGAAGGCAUUCCCCCAGACCAACAGCGUCUCAUCUUUGCUGGCAAGCAGUUGGAAGAUGGCCGUACCUUGUCCGAUUACAACAUCCAGAAAGAAUCCACCCUCCAUCUUGUGCUCAGACUUCGUGGCGGUAUGCAGAUCUUUGUGAAGACCCUCACUGGCAAGACCAUCACCCUGGAGGUUGAACCCUCUGACACCAUUGAGAAUGUGAAAGCCAAAAUUCAGGAUAAGGAAGGUAUUCCCCCAGAUCAACAGCGUCUUAUUUUCGCUGGAAAGCAGCUAGAAGAUGGUCGUACCUUGUCCGAUUACAACAUCCAGAAGGAAUCCACCCUCCAUCUUGUGCUCAGACUUCGUGGUGGUAUGCAGAUCUUCGUUAAGACCCUCACAGGCAAGACCAUCACCCUGGAGGUUGAACCCUCUGACACCAUUGAGAAUGUGAAGGCUAAGAUCCAGGACAAAGAAGGCAUUCCCCCAGAUCAACAGCGUCUUAUCUUUGCUGGCAAGCAGUUGGAAGAUGGCCGCACCUUGUCUGACUACAACAUUCAGAAGGAAUCUACUCUUCACCUUGUCCUCAGAUUGCGAGGUGGUAUGCAGAUCUUUGUGAAGACCCUCACAGGCAAGACCAUCACCCUGGAGGUUGAACCCUCUGACACCAUUGAGAAUGUGAAGGCCAAAAUCCAGGACAAGGAAGGUAUUCCCCCAGACCAACAGCGUCUUAUCUUUGCUGGCAAGCAGUUGGAAGAUGGCCGCACCUUGUCUGACUACAACAUUCAGAAGGAAUCUACUCUUCACCUUGUCCUCAGAUUGCGAGGUGGUAUGCAGAUCUUCGUUAAGACCCUCACAGGCAAGACCAUUACCCUGGAGGUUGAGCCCUCAGAUACUAUUGAGAAUGUGAAGGCCAAAAUCCAGGACAAGGAAGGUAUUCCCCCAGACCAGCAGAGGUUGAUCUUCGCAGGCAAGCAGCUUGAGGAUGGACGUACUCUCUCUGACUACAACAUUCAGAAAGAAUCUACUCUCCACUUGGUCCUCAGACUCAGGGGUGGCCAGUGAAUAUUCCAUUGUGAUCAGUUUCCAAAGAUUUCCUGUCAACUACGCUUAUUGCAAAAAAAUGUAAUUGCACAUUAUUCCUUUCCAGUGUAUGUGGAAAUUAUAUGAACAUGAUUUUAUUUCAAAUGCACAUCAAUAUUAUUUUUUACUUUUUAUAAUGUGCUAGCAGAACCAAAUAAAAACUUUAUUUGAUAU